AUGGACGAGUCAGGCCCCGCAUCAAGUGGGUCGCCGUCGCCCGGCCCGACUCGACCCACCACCUGCGAUACCGCCGGUAGGCCGCCUAAUCCGAGUCCUUUCGUACAGACCGGACCCGAGGCCGUGAUUAUGACGACGACCCGGGAAAGCCCGACUCGUCGGGGCAACAAGACGAACGUGAAAUAUCAGAACAGGGCCUGUGACGGGAUUAGGGGAGACGGGAGAUGGCGUCGCUCCACUUAUCCUCUAUUCGCGCGCACACACACACGCCUAUGCCCAUCAGUCCUCGAGUCCGGCCGGUCAGCUUGA